CGCCUCAGCAAACACAUUGGUUCCUGUGAGGAUCUAGUGACAAUGUCGAUCGGAUCAAGCCUCUCUGCUCCGUUAUGGACCUCGAGGGUGGCAGGCCGAACGCCAAUGGACGAUUAUCGACGGCACAUCAACGAAUCUUUCUCACAAAACCUGAAGGACACUGUCGAGCUCCACCGAUGGACGGUAGAGCACCCGCAGGAAUUUUGGCCGGACCUCUACCGAUGGCUGGAUCUUGUUCCGAAGCUGCCUCCGAAUGCAAAAGCUUACGACAGCACCCAGCCGAUGAGCUCGAAUCCCGCCUUCUUCCCCGAACUGCAGGGUUUCAACUACGCUGAGAAUGCACUCUUCGCAAACCCCAAUCCGGAAGCGGUGGCGCUGAUCGGCGUGCGAGACGAUACCGACCUGACCACGUCUGACGGCGAGAAGCUCACCUGGCAUGAGUUUCGGGAGAAAGUCCGAUUGACCGCCAGCGCUUUGCGGCAGCAUGGUGUCAAGAAGGGUGAUCGAGUCGCUGCUCUCGUGGCCACAUCGAUAUGGGUCAUGAUCCUCUUCCACGCGAGCGCCAGCAUUGGAGCCAUCUUCACGAGCAUCAGCCCGGACCUUGGUCUGGAGGGCUGUAUCUCACGACUUCAGCAAGUCACUCCCACCAUCUUCUUCGCUGAUUCGGACACCAUCUAUAAGGGUAAAGCAGUAUCGACUGCUCCCAAGGUUAGCCAGAUUGUGGCAAGACUUGAUCCUCGGCCACAGACUUAUAUCAUUCCUCUUGUGACUGCCAAUUCCGAGUUUCCAGAUAUCGAAAAAUUUCUCGGCAGAGCCGACUCCAAGGCGCCGCUGGAAUUUGUUCGAGUUCCAUUCAACUAUCCUCUGUUUAUCUGCUACUCAUCCGGGACUACCGGCGCACCCAAAUGUAUUGUCCACCACCACGGCACGAUCAUGCAAUUCAAGAAAGUUGCAAAGAUUCACAAUUCGACCACGACUAAAGAUGUGAUAUUACAAUACUCUUCUACAUCGUGGAUCGUGUUCUACAUCAUGUCUGGUUAUUUCGCUUGUGGCGCUACAACAAUCGUCUACAACGGCAGUCCCAUGCAUCCCAACAAAUCCCAAAUGCUACGGAUGGUGGAGAAAUUCAAGGUCACAUAUUUCGGAACGUCGCCCCGAUAUCUGCUCGAGCUCGAGACGGCCAAGAUCGUACCCAAGGCGGAUUUCAAUCUCUCAUCACUGCGUAUUGUCUACGUGACCGGCGCUCCUCUUGCCUCGGAACAAUAUCGAUGGUUCUACCGAGCAUUUCCACCCGAAGCCCACCUUUGCAAUACAGCUGGCGGAACCGAUGUUGCUAGCUCACUGAUCGCCGCAGACCCUUGUGGUUCGAUUUAUGCAGGCGAAAUGCAGAUCUUCGCCCUGGGCAUGGACGUCGAUAUUGCUGAUCCACAAUCUGGCGAGUCUAUCCUGCACUCAGGUGAGGCUGGUGAAAUGGUCGUUCGACAGCCAUUCCCCAGUAUGCCGUGCUUCUUCUGGGGUGACAAGGACGGAUCGAGAUACCGCGCUUCCUACUUCGAGCGGUUCAGUAAGGUUGACGUUUGGGCGCAACACGAUUGGCUCCAAUAUAACCCAAGGACGAAAGGAUUUGUUAUGCAUGGCAGAAGCGACGGUGUUCUAAACCCAUCGGGUGUGAGGUUUGGCUCGGGAGAAAUCUACGCCAUCGUAGAGACGGCGCCUUUCACGGACGAGAUUUCCGACACCUUAUGCGUUGGCCGCCGACGUCCUCGCGACAGGGACGAGGAAGUUUUCCUCUUUGUGGUCAUGAAGCCAGGCAAAUCGCUGACCCGCAACUUGAUCAUGUCCGUCAAAACGGCUAUUGGCAAGGCUUUGUCUCCACGCCAUGUUCCACGAUUCAUCCUCGAGGUCCCAGAGAUCCCCGUGACCAUCAACGGGAAGAAGGUCGAGGCUGCCGUCAAACAGACGAUCAGCGGCAAAGACGUCAAACCGAGCAACACGGUCACCAACCCAGACUCGAUAGGGUACUUUGCGAGGUUCAGGGAUAUCGAACGCGAACCGGGACAGGCGAGACUGUGAGGAUACAUGUGGAAAGACUAAAUUCCUGGCGGGAGACGUAAGCGCCCAAGGGAGCUAUCCCUGCAUAGGGAUCAUUGGGUCGCGAAAGAGCACCUCUGCAUUGCGCAUGCGCGCGGCAUGUCCUUGAUCGAUUGAAGAUGGCGAUGAGCAUGUGCUGAAUUCAUAUCGUUAUUGUGGCGUAUCACUGACUUGAGCAUACCUUGGUAACAAUGAUUUGCCCUGUGUUGUUUGGACAGCCAAAAGGGAGGAAUGUGCAUACGCGAGAGGAAUAGCGGCCUGGGACUGGGUAUCAAAAUUGUUGUAUUCGACGGGACGCUCUUCGAAGAACUUAAUGCACCGCGCAACUCGUCCUUAUUCUUUACUCCGUACAUCAAGAAUAUAUCUUUUUUGAGGACGA